AUGCCAGCCCGGCUGCCUCUCGGGGAGGUAGAAACACGUGGCCAUGCCAUUAGCAUCCUGUUGGGCUUCUAGACGGGUUUCAUGUGUGACACCUACAUAGUCCUCCCUUGGAACAACACAGUAGAAAGCUGCCCCAGUACAAACUUCUCUUCUGAAUAACCACACACCGGAAUACAGUGCAACAGAAGGCAAGGCCACAAAAAAGAGGAUCAAAGUCAGCCAGAAGCAGGUGACAUCUAG